AUGUAUGGAGGUCGGCAGCUCGCGUACGCGCCCACGCCGUACAUUCCCCGCUCGGCACUGUCGGCUACCAUCAAUCAGGACGAGGAAGUGAAGUUGUCAACGACGAGCACCGAACGCGAUCUGUACGACUCACUGGCAGAGAUAUACAGCAUUAUUGUCACGCUCGAUGCACUCGAAAAGGCCUACCUGAAGGACUCCAUCCACGAAGCGGACUAUACCGAGACCUGCAGCAGGCUGCUCAAGCAGUACAAGUCAAACCUGGCAGAUGAAGGUGUUGCAAAGGCCUUUGGAGACUUGGAGUCGUUCAAGAAGCAGUGGGAUAUGGAAGUGCCACGAGCAACAGAACGACUACGCGUUGGCAUACCGGCGACCGUCGAACAAGGACCCACACAUAAAGCCAAUACACAGGGAGAAUCAACAGACGCCACGCUUGUGGUGAAUGCAACCGAAGACUUCAUCACGCUCCUGGACGCUCUCAAGCUCGGUUUAACCGAGAAGGACACUCUGCACCCAUAUCUCGUUGAUGUUAUUCAAGGCGUCAACAAGGUGACCGACAAGGAGUUUGACAGCAAAGCCAAGAUUGUGCAGUGGCUGAUCACGUUGAACCAGAUGAGAGCUUCGGAGAAACUCAGCGACGACCAAGCGAGAGAGCACAUUCAAGAAGGAUUGAUCAGCGUUCUACACUGUGGAAAUGCGACCUGGUUGAAGUUACGCCCCGAUAUGAGGCGGGGUAUUUCGUGUCAUCGGAAUGGCCUCCGAGAGUCGGAAUAUCUUCCGAAGUACCCCGGAGCGCCAGUUUCUGCUCAACGCAAACUCCGCCAGGCACGGGCGUUGAGUUGCCGACAUGGUGUCCAUGGCUCGUGGGACGAUGAAGUCCGGCAUGGGUCUGGCCGAUCUUGCGAUAACUUCAGAUUGCGGCCACCCGCACGGACCACCUCCAAUUCUGUUCUGGAUCUUCCUCAACUUUACACGAAGCCCUCAGCCGAAACUCUCCUCGAUACGCUUGAGCUACUCACCUCCGCCCCCCCUUCAUGGGACGUUAGCGACAACGAACAAGAGGAGAAUGGAUUGGGCACCAGGGGCAAGCGGCGGAUAGCCAGGUCGCGACCACAAAUAAAUCCAGAGGGAGUGACAAGAUACCUUACGAGUAUCGUGAGCAGUGGUCUAGGAUGGAUUCACAAUGAGGAACAGAAGGAGGAGAUAUGGAGCCAGGCGAGCCUUCGGCUUAGCGAACGCUCAGGUCGGACUGCCAUGGGCGCAAUAUCCCGUCAGUUCCGGAUACCUUCGCCAGCUGGAUACUUCGAGUUGUCUAUACACGAACCAGCUCUGACUGGCGACGAUCUCGGUCUGAAGACCUGGGCUGCGUCGUUUUUGUUGGCGAAACGACUGCACACGUUCGAUUUUCUUCGACGUGCCUCGGAAGCGCCGCAGGUGCUGGAGUUGGGAUCAGGGACAGGCUUGGUGGGACUGGCGAUGGCGGCGCUGGGAGCGGACGUGGUUCUCACAGACCUCCCCAGCAUCUACCCCAAUCUGGCGCGUAACGUAUGCGCGAAUAGCGAAGUGGUGGUUCGAAACGGAGGUUCCGCUCGUAGCGGUAUACUCGACUGGACGGAGCCGACGAUUUGCGAAGUGUUUCCGGACGUGUCACCAGCCGGGAGUGAGGGCGGUGUUCCGCUCAAAAGCAAGUUUCCCGUGAUAGUAGCGGCCGACUCUCUGUACUCGCCAGAACACCCGCGCUGGCUAGUCGAUACCAUUGCGACAUGGCUGUCGGACAGUGAAGAUGCCAAAGUGAUUGUGGAGUUUCCGCUGAGGGAAGCAUAUGCACCGGAGCGCCAGGACUUCCGUGAUAGGAUGGAGGCGCUCGGCUUGCAUAUACUGGAAGAAGGCGAAGAGUGCGGUUACGACGACUGGGGAUCGAGUGACGGAGAUGAUAACGAGGCGGGGCUUGUGCGGUGUUGGUGGUCGUGCUGGGGGAGGAAUCGUGCAUAG